AUGGGUGAUCAACGUGGUGCGAAUCAGCCCACGUACAACAUCUUCAAUUUAACUGCCCAAACCGUCACGAUUAAUUUUGCGCCCAACAAUACCAACUCGGCGAAUACUUCUACGUUGGCGGCAGCAUCAACAGCACCGACAUCUCCGCCGUCGACGACAGCUGCCCCGUCGGCCACAAGGACUCCACCACCAGCACCUCCUUCGGACUCCACGUUGGCUCCAACGUCAACUCCGACGUCGACGACAGCUGCCCCGUCGGCCACAAGGACUCCACCACCAGCACCUCCUUCGGACUCCACGUUGGCUCCAACGUCAACUCCGCCGUCGACGACAGCUGCCCCGUCGGCCACAAGGACUCCACCACCAGCACCUCCUUCGGACUCCACGUUGGCUCCAACGUCAACUCCGCCGUCGACGACAGCUGCCUCGUCGGCCACAAGGACUCCACCACCAGCACCUCCUUCGGACUCCACGUUGGCUCCAACGUCAACUCCGCCGUCGACGACAGCUGCCCCGUCGGCCACAAGGACUCCACCACCAGCACCUCCUUCGGACUCCACGUUGGCUCCAAUAGGUAUUUUCGACCACGGGGAUUCCAUUUCUGGAGUCAAAACCUGCUAA